GAGCAGCUGGAGGACUUCUGUCGAUCAUUUCAUUCACAGUAAAAAUGUCCGCAGUCGAGUUUCUGAUCAACUUUGUCAACGCGCGGCUUUCCGCCGCCGUGGACGAAAUUUUCACGGUGUUUGAAAACACGAUCGUCAGAUACGAGCAGGACAUCGCGCGGCAGCGGAGGCUGCUGGAGAGCUUCUGGAAGCCGGAGAUCAAGCUCCGCAGGAUCGACCACCCACAGCUACGUGUCAGCACAGCAGAGAAAGUUCUUCCUACAAAGCAGCUCUGUAACCAGGAGAGGAACUCCAGUCUGGACCAGGAGGAACCAGGACCUCCCCAGGAAGAACACGAGGACCUGCUCACCAGUCAGGAAGAACCAGAGCUUCCACGGAUUAAAGAACAGCAGGAACUCUUUAGCAGUCAGGAGGGAGCGCAGCUAGCACUGAAGCUUGAGACCUAUAGCUUUAUGGGAACUCCUAUUUAUCAGGACUGUAAAAAACAGGAACCAAACAUGGACCAGCUCCUCUCUCACAGUUCCUCAAAUCGGAGUCUGGAAGGACACAAGCAUGUGGACUCAGGAUCAGCUGCAAAUGAAGACCGGAAACCACGGAAGAAACGCAGAAGGAAUCAGAGUGACAGAAACUGUGAGGAAAACUGUCACAUGUCAAAGAGCCGGCAUCACGGUGGGAAAAAGGUCUGUAAAAUGUGAUGGCAGUAGAAAAAUCCUUCAUGAAAAAGACUCAAAUGAUGAAACCUCACAGGACCCACACAGACUGAAGCCACACGCGUGUGGAUCGAAGUUUCAGGCUGGAAAUUGUUGCUCCGCACAGGCGAGAAGUCGCGUUCAUGCAAGAGCCGCACAAAAGUCACAGAAAUAACACAAACGUGUCGUCCACGUGAGACAAAGGUGUGAACUAGGGCUGGACGAUAUAUUAGGGGUGGGACUUAAUUUCGAUUAAUUAAUUACGGGGAAAUUAACGCGUAAAAAAUUUUAACGCAUUUUAAUCGCACUUUGCA